CGCGGCCCGCGGGCCACACGGCCCUGCGCGGUGCAGCGGUGGGUGCGCUUGACUGACAGGCGGCGGCGGCGCGGUUGCGACGGCAGGUUCCCUGCCAGAGGCCUGCACUCACCCCAGCCGGCGCAGCGCCCCACCACUGCCAGCUGUCCACGGAGAAUGUGGAUGUCAGCUGCUUCCUGGGGGUGGCGCUCUACACAGAGGUGAGCCCAGGCCAGAAUGGGGGACUCCAGGGACCUUUGCCCUCACCUUGACUCCAUAGGGGAGGUGACCAAGGAGGACUUGCUGUUCAAAUCUAAGGGAGUCUGUCAGUCGUGUGGUGUUACUGGACCCAACCUGUGGGCCUGUCUCCAGGUCUCCUGCCCCUAUGUUGGCUGUGGAGAAUCUGUCGCUGACCACAGCACCAUUCAUGCUCAGGCGAAAAAGCAUAACCUGACAGUGAACCUGACCACAUUCCGGGUGUGGUGUUACGCCUGUGAGAAGGAGGUGUUCCUGGAGCGGAAGCUGGCAGCUCCCCCAGCAGGCCCCUCACCCAGGGUCUCGGAGCCGGACUCUCCACCACCCUCCCACCCGCUGAAAGCUGUCCCUAUUGCCGUGGCCGACGAAGGAGAGUCCGAGUCAGAGGAUGAUGACCUGAAGCCUCGAGGCCUCACGGGCAUGAAGAACCUCGGGAACUCCUGCUACAUGAACGCUGCCCUGCAGGCCCUGUCCAACUGCCCUCCACUGACCCAGUUCUUCUUGGAGUGCGGAGGCCUGGUGCGCACAGACAAGAAGCCAGCCCUGUGCAAAAGCUACCAGAAGCUGGUCUCUGAGGUCUGGCACAGGAGACGCCCAAGCUACGUGGUUCCCACCAGCCUGUCUCACGGGAUCAAGUUGGUCAACCCGAUGUUCCGAGGCUAUGCCCAGCAGGACACCCAGGAGUUCCUGCGCUGCCUGAUGGACCAGCUCCACGAGGAGCUCAAGGAGCCCGUGGUGGCGGCCGCGGCGGCGCUGGCGGAGGCGCGGGACUCGGACUCCAGCGACACGGACGAGAAGCGGGAGGGCGACCGGAGCCCGUCAGAGGACGAGUUCCUGUCCUGUGACUCGAGCAGCGACCGGGGUGAGGGCGACGGGCAGGGCCGUGGCGGGGGCGGCUCGCAGGCCGAGGCGGAGCUGCUGAUCCCCGACGAGGCGGGCCGCGCCAUCUCCGAGAAGGAGCGCAUGAAGGACCGCAAGUUCUCCUGGGGCCAGCAGCGCACCAGCUCCGAGCAGGUGGACGAGGACGCCGAUGUGGACACGGCCAUGGCCACCCUUGACGACCAGCCCACGGAGGCCCAGCCGCCAUCGCCGGGGUCCUCCAGCCCCUGCCAGACCCCAGAGCCAGACAACGAGGCCCACAUGCGCAGCGCCUCCCGCCCCUGCAGCCCCGUGCACCACCACGAGGGCCACGCCAAGCUGGCUGGCAGCCCUCCCCGGGCGAGCCCCGUGAGGAUGGGGCCAUCGUACGUGCUCAAGAAAGCCCAGGUGCCGAGCGCCGGUGGUCGCAGGCGGAAGGAGCAGCGCCACCGCAGCGUCAUCUCCGACAUCUUCGACGGCUCCAUCCUCAGCCUCGUGCAGUGUCUCACCUGUGACCGGGUGUCCACCACAGUCGAGACGUUCCAGGACCUGUCACUGCCCAUUCCUGGCAAGGAGGACCUGGCCAAGCUGCACUCGGCCAUCUACCAGAACGUGCCAGCCAAGCCGGGCGCCUGCGGCGACAGCUACGCCACCCAGGGCUGGCUCGCCUUCAUCAUGGAGUAUAUCCGGAGGUUUGUGGUAUCCUGUACCCCCAGCUGGUUUUGGGGGCCGGUCGUCACCCUGGAAGACUGCCUUGCUGCUUUCUUUGCUGCUGAUGAGCUGAAGGGUGACAACAUGUACAGCUGUGAACGGUGUAAAAAGCUGCGGAACGGGGUGAAGUACUGUAAGGUCUUGCGGCUGCCCGAGAUCCUGUGCAUCCACCUGAAGCGCUUUCGGCACGAGGUCAUGUACUCGUUCAAAAUCAGCAGCCACGUCUCCUUCCCCCUCGAGGGACUUGACCUGCGUCCAUUCCUUGCCAAGGAGUGCACGUCCCAGAUCACCACCUACGACCUCCUCUCGGUCAUCUGCCACCACGGCACGGCAGGCAGUGGCCACUACAUCGCCUACUGCCAAAACGUGAUCAACGGGCAGUGGUACGAGUUUGACGACCAGUAUGUCACUGAGGUCCACGAGACGGUGGUGCAGAACGCCGAGGCCUACGUGCUCUUCUACCGGAAGAGCAGUGAGGAGGCUGUGCGGGAACGGCAGCAAGUGGUAUCCCUGGCUGCCAUGCGGGAGCCCAGCCUGCUGCGGUUCUACGUGUCUCGGGAAUGGCUCAACAAGUUCAACACGUUCGCCGAGCCGGGGCCCAUCACCAAUCAUACCUUCCUCUGCUCCCACGGAGGCAUCCCGCCCCACAAAUACCACUACAUCGACGACCUGGUGGUGAUCCUGCCCCAGAACGUGUGGGAGCAUCUGUAUAACAGGUUUGGGGGCGGCCCCGCCGUGAACCAUCUGUACGUGUGCUGCAUCUGCCAGGUGGAGAUCGAGGCGCUGGCCAAGCGGAGGCGGAUCGAGAUCGACACCUUCAUUAAGCUGAACAAAGCCUUCCAGGCGGAGGAGUCCCCCGGUGUCAUCUACUGCAUCAGCAUGCAGUGGUUUCGGGAGUGGGAGGCCUUUGUCAAGGGCAAGGACAACGAGCCCCCUGGGCCCAUUGACAACAGCAGGAUUGCACAGGUCAAAGGAAGCGGCCACAUCCAACUGAAGCAGGGAGCUGACUACGGGCAGAUUUCAGAGGAGACCUGGGUCUACCUGAACAACCUGUAUGGCGGCGGCCCCGAGAUCGCCAUCCGACAGAGCGUGGCCCAGCUCCAGGACCCAGAGAGCCUACACGGGGAGCAGAAGAUCGAAGCCGAGACCCGGGCCGUGUGACUUGGUGGGCCAGUCUGCCCCCGCCUUGGCCCUCCUCCCUGCGGAGGGCGUGCUUGUGCCCGGAAGAGAGGCUGCCCGUUUGGGAAACCCAGAUGUGUAAAGAGACGGAAAAGUCGUUUGGGCUCCAGGGAGUAAUGUCGCAACUAGGAAGUAACAUCCACUUCGGGCUCUUCAAAUGACCAGGGCUCUGCGACGUUCCUUAACUUGGGUCUUUGUGCCCACUUGUCACGGUCGUUGGUGUCCCCCACCCGCCCCCUCGCUCGCUCGGGCCCAGCUUGGGUCCCUGGAGCUCCAAGUCGGGGGCUGUGGCCUAGGGGCCGAGGGGCGGGAGGAGCUCCAGGCGCUGGCCAGCACCCGGGAUGCACAGCAGGGAGCUGGGGUGCAGAGGCCCGAGCUGGAGCAGUGGGGGUGCCGGACCCAGCUCCUCCCUAGGCCCCGCUUCGGCCCCAAUCCCCAGUGUCACAGAAAGGCCCCGGAACCCUGGGCUGCUCUCAGCGUUUCUCCUGCAGGCUGACAACUCUGGACUCCUGUGCGGUGGGGACCCGGGGUGGGCUUGUUUCUGGAGGCAGCUGGUCCCUGGCUCCCCAUGCUGCCGAGCUGGCCCCACGGUCUGGCUGUCGCUCGUCCCCACCGGGGAACCAGGUGACAAGUGCCCCGUGUCACUGUGCUUUGCUGCGAAUGCGGCCUCCCUGGGGGGCUCCCUGUUUCUCGCCGCGCUGUAUGGGGAGCCCAGGGAGCUGUGGCUCUGGGGCAGCUCUCAGUCGGCCGUGGAAGCCCGUUCUGGAUGCUGAGCCAGGCCACGCUGGGGCGCUGGGAUGAGCCCCGGGGGCUGGGCCUUGCCUCCGGGGGCGCCCAUGCCCCUGGACGAAGCUGCUGGGGCCAGAUGCCCACCUCGUCAGGGCCAGAGGGAACGGGGGCGGGGAAGGGGCCUCAGGACCCAGGCCCCCACACGCCGUGGCCUUCAGUCUCUCGAAGCAGAUGUGGCUGGAAUUCCGGCAGAGCCCCGGAAGCUGGCGCGGCACGUAGCUCACUCUGCAGUCCUUCUACCCGGUUCCUUCCCCACCGAGGCAGCAUGUGAUCGAAGAACAAGCCGCUCUGGAGUCCCUUGACAUGUGCUACAGUCUUUUGAAAGUUCCUGCUGCAGCCAGCAGGCGACCCCGUGGUGGGGCUGGGCGGCCACACGUCGUCACCCCGCUGGUGACAGGUUCUGCGCCAGGUUGUAAACUCGCCGCCCCGUCGGCGAGGCCUCGUCGGUGUUCAGAAUGUCCUAAUAAAUACAUACGCGUUCC